UGACUAUGACUUCCAUAAACAUCUCUGGUCUUAGCCAAGGCUGAAAAAUUUGCUAUCGCAUCAGAUCGAAAAGCAAAUUGCAAAAUUUGAAAAUUUAUUUAUUGAUACUUGCACAUUCUCUAAGCAAACCAUUAAAGCAUUGUCCAUAUUGCCCAUGUAUAGUAUAUGACAUAAGAUUGACAUUAGAUAACAUAUCAUAAAUUGUUUUAAUCGCAUGUCUGAGUCAUUUGUAUACCAAGAUUCUCAAGGAUCUUUAGCAAAACCAGACCUCCACAAGAAGCAAAAGCCACAGCAAGAUGAGUUACAUCCUUUGAAAGAAAUCACUUUUGGAGCUGUAUCAGGUAUGUUUGGGAAGUUGAUCGAGUAUCCUUUGGACACCAUAAAGGUUCGUCUUCAAGCUACUUCCACUUCCAGUUCUCCAUCAACUUUGGCUAUGAUUAGAUCCACUUAUCAUAAUGAAGGUAUCAUUGAUGGAUUUUAUAAAGGAUUGAAAGCUCCCUUAAUUGGAGCUUGUAUGGAAACAGGAAUCUUAUUUUCAUCAUAUAACUUUGCUCUUUCGAAGAUUAGAGAUCCCAACUCUAAUGAUGAACCACAUAUGGGGUUAAAAUGUCUUAGUGGAGGAUUUGCUGGUGCUAUGGCAUCAUUUGUAUUAACACCUAUUGAAUUAAUAAAAUGUCAAUUACAAGUAUCUAAUUUGGCAUCCACAGCAUCAAGUACUACAAGUGCUACAAGACCUAACUCUUUAAGUUACAUUCCUUUAGUUCAAAACAUUAUUAAAAAGGAUGGUGUUACUGGUUUAUGGAAUGGUUUAACUUCAACAUUAAUACGUGAAAUUGUCGGUACAGCUAUAUGGUUUGGAACCUACGAGUAUGUAAGUGGAAUUAACGCGUUAGGAGUUGGUGAAGACAUUAACUCUUUAAUAAGUGGAGCCAUUGCUGGUUUAACAUUUAACUUUUCAAUUUUCCCCAUAGAUACUGUAAAGUCCAAUAUUCAAACCCAUGAUAUUUUAAAGAAAGCAUCUGGAAAAGUAUCACCGGGUUCAUUGGAUUUCUUAAGAGUUACUAAACAAUUAAUCACUAAACAAGGUGGAAUUAGAAAUUUGUAUAAUGGCUUAGGUAUAACUUUAAUAAGAUGUGUUCCAGCUAAUGCCAUUAUAUUUUAUUCAUAUGAAGUUCUAAAACGAAACUUUUAAAUGUACAUUCUCCUUACAUAC